CGUGAAAUGGUCUGCAACCAUGCUUAGUUAGGUGGUACGUGCUAAAGUAACAUCUACAUGAAUGCUGACCCAAGGUUUCCCAGCAGAACAUUUCCCAGAGCAUCACAUUUCCUCCACCAGCUUGCCUUCUGCUGGGAAACCAGUAUACACUCACCACUGUUAAUCUAAUCAGCCAAUCAUUUGGCAGCAGCACAAUCCAUAAAAUCAUGAAGCUACAGGUCAAGAGCUUCAGUUCAUGUUCACAUCAAACAUUAGCAUGGGGGAAAAGUGUGAUCUCUGUGACUUUAAUCGUAAGAUGGUUGUUGGUACCAGAUGGGCUGGUUUGAGUUUUUCAAAAACUACUGAUCUCCUGGGAUUUUCACACACAACAGGCUUAAACAUAAAACAUAAGCAAUAUUUGAGCUCUGUACAUUUUUCCCCAGGGGUUUCAGGACAGCGUAAGAGAUAUUGCGUUAUGGGGUAGGCAUGGCCUAUUUUGAUAAUCUGCAUAGGUCAAUGAUCAUGUGCAGUUUGGGAAGAAAAGCCACUUGCUGCAGAUCUGUCCAUAAUCACAGGGGUUUUAUAUUCAUUCUACUAUAUCUUCAGACACCUGUCUGUGAUCACAUGGGUUUCAUUUUUGAAAAAUACUAUUGUCAUGAAAUGCUUGUUUCACUUAAAUAAGUCUUACUGACCUAACAUCAAUUCUAUUAUAUGUCCUAUCAUGCAAGACUUUUUAACCUCAGUAUAGCAGAGGGCUGUUGCGCCAUUAUAAAAAUCAAACUCAUAAUUUAUCCAUGUUUUCAUACUCAACAUUAUUUACACAGAAAGACCCAAGUUUACAGUUUGAACAACCAGUCAAUUGAGCAUAACAGGAUUACAAAACAAAACAAAUGCCCACUCGUAAAAUAAAUAAAUACAUUUUAAAAAUAUAUUCUGCGCAUGUUCAGUGACCUGUAAUUUUUUAUUUUUAUUUUUUGUAAGGGGGCGUGUUUGCCACAUCUCCGGAAACGCCCAUUUUACGUCGCGGUACUGAAACCCAGCACGUGACAGUGUAGCAUGCUAAUUUGAAGCGACCAAUGAGCGGCGUGUUCAGCACCACGUGACUUCUCGAACACGGAACUAGCUGUCAUGUGUAUGUACGCUCCCGGAACAGAGAGUUUGAUCAAACAAGCCAGAGAAAUACAGGAAGAGGAGCUGCAGAAGUUUUAUGGCCGUGUAUCUAAACAACUUCAUUCUGGUAAAGAAGCUGGAGGAGAGGUGGUCGAUUCCCUUCAGAGGCUCCACUUGAUUGUUUCCGCUACAAAAUAUGCCAGAACGCUUCCUCCAGACCUCGUGAAGAAGCUCCAGAUGCUGCUGCGCUCUCCAUCCUGUGUGGAGCAGUUACAGGUUCUGUCCUCGGCCAUCCUCAGGGAAACUCUGCCUCUCAGCGUGCACAAUCUCUCCACAGAGCUCAGUCAGGAUGGCAGAGCACUCGGUUAUGUGGCCAGCGUAGUGCUCUCACAGGCUGGAAGCAAGGAAGAUCUGCUUCCUCUCUGUCAGCAUUUACUGAAGACUCUGGAGUCAAGACAGCCUGAGUUGCAGGUCCCCAAACACACGCUUCCUAUUCUCUCGAAAAUGUUCAGCUUCUCUCCAGAUAUUCUUAAUGAAGAUCAGGUGAAUCUGGUCUGUCGGAAGCUGGCUGACUGGCUCCGAUAUGCAAGCAUUCACCAGGGAGCCUCCAUGUCCUCCGGCGGAUUUUUCAUCAGUCCCAGAUCACGACAGCCAGCACUAAUGACUGAAUUGGAUGGAGCAGUGGCAGGAGAUUUCUUUACUGUGCUGUGUGUGGGACAGAGCUACACUGAAGACCAGUGGAUGAACAUGUACACUUUUUCCAUGAUCAAGAGCUGGCUGCUUACCUACGACACAGACGGAAGCUCGAAUACAGAAUCGGCUCAGCUAAAAAGAACGCAGAUUGUUCAUACAUCUCCACACCAAGAUGACCGGUCUGAGUUGGACAGUUCGGUGAUGUCCAUGGUGUCUGCGACCUCCUGGUCCAGUCGAAUGCUUCCACCGAAAGAGCGUCUGAGGGAGAAAGCCUUCGAGUAUUGCCAUCGGCUUAUCGAACAGAGUGACCGCAAGGCUGUGAAGAAAGCAGAUGCAGAGCUACAGAAAGCGUGCAUUGUGGAGGCAGUGUCCAUAAUGGACAUCAUUUGCAGCGAGGAUCCUUCCUACGUGUACCGUGGCUUUCCCUGUAUCAAAGCGCUGUACGGCAGGCUGAACGCAGAGCUGGCAUUUGCACGAGUCCUGCUACCCAUCGCUCAGUUCUACCUCAACCACAGCGAAACCGCUGCUGUGGAAUCUGAGGCCGUCUUCUGCCAUCUCUUCAGCCGCUUCCCUGCCGAGCUCUUCAACGAGCCCAUGCUGGCCUACGAGUUUGUCCGUUUCUGCCUGAACAAUGUGAGCGUGCUGCAGGAGAAAGUGACCAUUUACAGGCAUAGCUUCCCCAACCUGCUCAAGUUUCUGGCAUGGAACAGUCCGGGGCUGAUCUCUGAGUUUAUGGAACUGCUGCCUUCUCUUUUGGCUCCUGAAACGGCGAUCGAGUUACUCCACACCCUGCUGGAUCUCCCCUGCCUGGCCGCAGCCCUGGAUCUUCAGCACAGGUCGGCAUGGUAUCAGGUUGGAGAUCGUGCUGCAUGGGACCAGCAGGGUUCGAAGAUCACAGCGUCUCUGGAUGCCUUCCGUCAGCCUUCGUACAGAGGUCUGUUCCUCUACAUCCUCAGACCUGAGGCAGGCACCGGAGACACGAUUGACAGGUUGAGUAUGCUUCACAGUGCUCUGGAGGGAAUGGCCGAGAGUCCUCGUGUGCUGUGCUGUGCUCAGAUUGUCCCUGUCCUCCUACAUGUCUACUUCAACACAAUUACGCAGAUGGCUGAUGGGAAGAUGAUGAACCAGCUGCUGCUGGUCCUGCUGGAAAGAAGCAGCCUGUUGUACAAUAUCAAGAACUUCAGCACUGAAGUCCAGAGAGUGUUCAGCACACACCUGAAGGCACUGUGCAAGCUGCACCCGCCGCUGAUUGUUGAGCAGUACAGGGAGCUGCUGGAAUUUACCAGCACCACUACCAACAUCUACUCUAAAGAGGACUUCUACACACAUGUGGUGUGGGUGAUCGGGGAGUAUUUGUCACUUUCCUAUAACCCUCGCUGUACUGUGGAGCUCAUAACAUCCUUUUUUGAGGGGCUUGAGUCGGUGUUGUUCGAGAUCACACAAGUACGCCAGUCUGCCAGCCCCCCACGCUAUUCGCCACGACUGCUCACCGUGCUCAUGACCGCGCUGGCAAAGUUGGCAUCCCGCAGUCAGGACCUCAUUCCCCGGGCGUCACUUUUUCUGUCCAAGAUGCGCUCAUUUGCGCACAGCGGACGCGUGGCAUCGUGCUUCAGUGAGGAGGACAGUGAGGAGAUCAUCACACGAGCCCACGAGCUUAUCAACCUUCUCAAGCUGCCUAACGUAGCCCAGUUCGUGUUAACACCUUCCGCCCAGGGCGACUGUCCACGCUGGCACCGAGACACCAACGCUGCCCUGCCACAGCGCAUGAGGGCCAUCAGUGACCUGCUGCAGUCUCGUUCCAGCUUCCUGCCUGCUUAGAGCACCGCGCCACACAGUGCCACGCUGACUGAAUCAUGUUUCUCAAUCAGAAUCACUCUGAUCAAUCGCACUGGCUUAUGGAUGAACCCUGAAAACCUCACAUUAAACACUUGUAUUAAUAAAUAACCUGGUGUAUUUGUAUUGUUGAAAGCCAUUCAUGCUUUUAAAGUAUUAAACACAUCAAACUUUUUUGCUACAGUACACUUAUCUGGGACAAAUUUGUUUGUUGUGUAACAACUGAAACUCCUACACAGAAGCUCUUCAGUAAGGGGUCGAGAGAAGCACAUUUUGGCGC